AUGGAUUUGGUAAACAGCCUAGAAGGCCGUCUGCUCUUCGCAGUUCCUAAGAAAGGUCGUCUCCUCCAAGCAGCCCUCAACCUCCUCGAAGGCGCCGACAUCCAGUUCAAGCGCGAGAGCCGCCUCGACAUCGCCCUCGUCAAGAACCUCCCCAUCGCCCUCGUCUUCCUCCCCGCGGCCGACAUCCCCACCUUCGUCGGCGAGGGCCGCGUCGACCUCGGCAUCACGGGCUAUGACCAGGUCCAGGAGCACGACGCCGGCGUCCGCGCCAUCGCGCGCGCCCGCCGCAUGAGCAACGAGUGGUCCCCCAAGGACGAGAAGCCCCGGGGCUGCGACACCAUCCUCGACCUCGGGUUCGGCUCCUGCAAGCUCCAGAUACAGGUCCCGGCCAAGGGGGAGUACCAGACGGGCAAGGACCUGAUCGGGAAGAACAUCGGCACCAGCUUUGUCCACCUCGCGUCCGAGUACUUUGCCAGGUUGGAGCUCGAGCAGGAGGGCAUCAAGGUCGACAGCACGGCCAGCUAUGCCGGGAGGAAACUCAGGACGAAGAUUAUUGAGUUGAGCGGGAGUGUCGAGGCGGCGUGCGCGUUGGGUGUGGCGGAUGGUAUUGUUGAUCUUGUCGGUAUGCUUCUUUUCUCUCCCAUGUUUAUUCUUCCCCUUACUAACCCCAUCAAAAGAAUCCGGCGAAACAAUGAAAGCCGCCGGUCUCAAAGCCAUCGAAACCGUGGUCGAAACCUCGGCCAUCCUCAUCAAGUCAAAGGCCCCCUCCAACCCAGCCAUGGUCGACCUCAUCGCCGCCCGCAUCAACGGCGUCAUCACGGCCCAAAAGUACGUCCUCUGCCAGUACAACGUCCCCCGCGCCCAGCUCGUCGACGCGACAAAGGUCACCCCCGGCAAGCGCGCCCCCACCGUCACCUCCCUCGAGGAGGACGGCUGGGUCGCCGUCAGCGCUAUGGUCGAGAAGAAGCGGAUCGCGCCUGUUAUGGACGACCUCACCAAGGUUGGCGCGACGGAUAUUCUUGUUUUGGACAUUCACAACACCCGUGGGAGCUGAGUGUGACGAUGGAGGCAGAAAAAGGACUGUCAGAAAAGGGGGUCGGGGUUUGGGAUACUUAA